AUGCUAAAGUCAUAUUAUAAACAAUUAUUUUUGAAACAAUUUCACAAUUACUUUCAAAGAACGCCGCCUCCAAUCCCCAAACAAGUUCCUCGAACUUCAAAUUAUUUUGGAAAUGAACGUGUUGAUGAGUUUCAAUGGAUGCAAGAUCCAAAUGAUAUUGGUGUUCAAAAAUAUAUAAUUUCCGAGAAUCGAUUUACUGAUAAAAUUAUGCAAAAUACCAAAUUAUUACAAAAGAAAUUACAAUAUGAAAUGAAAAAAAAGUUGAUUACACCUGUAAUGCUACCACCUGUAAAGACCAUAGAAAAUGGAUAUGAAUAUUAUACAAAGCCAUCUUUAUAUGACCAUAAUAUACUUGCUUAUUUAGUAGAACAAGAAGGUAAUGAAGUUGGAACAUUAUAUUUCAAGGAUUUAUCUAGAAAUUUGAAUUUUCAGCAAGAAAAAUUGGAAGGAGUGUUUAAUUUUUUAUGGGGAACCAAUACACAUACUAUUUAUUAUACAGUGGUAGAUAAACAACUUAGACCAUAUAAGGUCUUUGCUCAUAAAAUUGGUACUAUGCAACAAAUUGACUUAACUAUAUUUGAAGAAAACGAUCAAUCUGCAUUUGUGGAUAUCACAUACACCAAGGAUAAGUCAUUUAUAAUGAUAAACUCAAAUACAUUUAUAUCAUCUGAAGUUCGAUUCUUUGAUGCGCACCAUGACAUAUCGUUGGGAAAACCUAAUUCAACUUUAAUUGAAGCACGUGUUCCAGGUUUAGAAUAUUAUGGAUAUUUUUAUAUUUUAACAAAUGCAGAUAAUACAAAAAAUUUCAAAUUAGUUCGUUCUUGUUUAGCAAAUUUUGGAAGAAAGAAUUGGGAAAUUAUUUAUGCUGCCAAAGAAUCAGAAAAGAUUGAAGAUGUUGAAAUUUUUCAUAAUUAUGCGACUAUAUUUAUCAAAAGGGAAGGAUUACCAGUAAUUUUAUGUUAUAAUUUGUGGACUUUAGAAGUUCAUCAAAUUGAAUUACCAGAUAAAUUUUGUGUCGUUUCUCCUGGAAUAAAUAAUAAUUAUAAAACGGAUAUUGUCCGAUUUACUUAUAGUUCACCGUUUAUUUCCGAAUCCAUUUAUGAUUAUAAUAUGCAAACGCGUAAUUUGUUACCUAUUAGAAUUCAUUCUAUUAAAGUAUUAGUAAGAUCUUAUGGAGCAUAUGGAAUUUCUACUGAACCUGAAUUUCAACUUGAACAUUUUCCACUUUUGGAAAGAGGAUGGAUAAUAGCAUUAGCUCACGUUUUUCUUGAAUAUACAAAUACUUCAUUAAUUUCGACUAUUGGCAUUAGUGCCGGUGGUUUAUUAGCAGGAACAGUUUAUAAUAUGAGACCAGAACUUUUUCGUACAAUUAUUAUGAAAGUCCCUUUUCUUGAUCCUUUAUCCAGUAUGUUAGAUCCUAAUUUACCUUUAACUAAAGUAGAAUAUCAUGAAUGGGGUAAUCCUGCUGAAAGUAAAGAAAUAUAUGAUUAUAUUGCUAGUUAUACUCCUUAUGAUAACAUUAAGCAUUAUCGUCCUUCUUCUACAAAUAAUAUUGUAAAUUCUUCUAUAUUAGUAACCGCUGGAAUGCAUGAUCAAAGAGUUAAUUAUUGGCAUCCUUUAAAAUGGAUUGCUCGUAUGAGAUUAAGGCAAUCGGAUUGUUAUUAUCCUUAUUUAAAGAACGGAAAUUUGGUAAAUUUUGGAAAAAAUAAUUUAUUAAUUUUAAAAAUUGAUUUUGAUAAAGGUCAUUUUGUUGGAAAUAAUCAUUCAGAUAAGAUAAAAAAUUUAGCGUUUGAAUUGGCCUUUCUUAUUUCUCAAAUCACCAAACAUUAA